GGACCGGAUUAUAUGAGUAUCGAAAGACUUGCUCGGACAUGUUGGAAAUUUCGACAACUGACACGAGCAUGGAGCGUUUGGAAGAUGAUCGUGUAUGAGACAUUUUACCCGCCUCAAAUUCCACAGAGGAUAUCGAUAAGCACUCUCUUGGCAGAAAAGCAUAGGAAUGAUUGGAGAACGUUGUUCAUCGAUCAGCCAAGGGUUCGAAUGAACGGAGCAUAUAUUGCAUCUUACCAGUACACUCGACCGGGUGUUCAUGAAGAGAAUGUUUGGGUACGGGUGAUCCAUGUUGUUAAAUUUUAUCGAUCGAUUCGAUUCUUACCUGAUGGACGUGUACUUUCGUUUACCACAACUGAUCCGCCACAAGAUACGGUUCGCAAGAUGGAUCCAGCAUUUUAUGCCAAAGGAUUUGCGACUGGUAGAUGGACUAUGCAUCCUGACGGAUUGGCAGAUGAUGAGAUCUUAGGGAGACCAAAAGGUGCAAAGAUUGUGAUUGAUGAUUUGAACGAUAAAACACUUUCACGUUAUAAUUUCCGUUUAAUUCUCAAGCUAGACGGUAGAAAUCGCGGUAAAUGGGAUCGAAUGGAGAUGCUAGAGUAUGAGAGUAUCAACUUGGUUUCGGGUGAGAUUUGUCCCUUGCCAAUGAAUCACAAGAAACCAUUUCAUUUUUCACCCGUUCGUAGUUAUGGAAUUUGA